AAUAUUGCUAAUCAGAUGGAUGCUAUGAUGAAAUUGGAGAAGUAAAAUAAGAAACACAAUUUUGAAUUGAGUCUAUUAUGGCAGUAAUUAUAUCAGAUGCAGUUCUUAUUUUAAUAAAGAAAUAAUCCCUCAAUGCAAAGUUAUGAAGACAGGAUUUCGUAUUCGGUGUUUUUGAGUAUUCUUCCGUAUCUUUAUUUGCAUGAUAUUUUGAAAUUGAGAUUGAUGAACAGGAAUAUGAAGGAAAUAAUAACCAAUUAUUUGUUACAUAAUCGGUUUGAUUAAAAAAAGGCAAUCUUACGAUUGGAAGUCGAAAUUUAAUAAGAGAAAGAGAAGCUUCCAAUAUUAUAUUGUGAGAUCUUAGAAGAUCUGAUACAGAAAUCCAAAGAUUAUGUUUAAGAAAUAAUUAAGAUAAAUUACAAGGGAGUUAUACAGAUGCCAACUUACACACCUUUGCUAGUGAUGCAAGUGGCAGAAUGUGAGGGAAUAGAACUUUUCAAAAUAAUCCCAGAAGAGUUGAUGCAAAUGAAAAAUUAUUUAAUUUUUCUUGAUUUCAGCAAUUAUACAGAUUAGAGAAGAAAUUAACUUUUAGAAUUUUACAAUGGCAAGGUGCAAUUGACAAAUCAAAUGGAACAACACAUGAAUAUUAUUGAUAAGUCUGAACUCAUUUUUUCGAGGAUGGCUAGAAUGUGGUUGAAAUAGACCUACUAUAAAGACACAUAUUAACAAUUUAGAUUGAUUAUGACACUCAUAAAGAAGAAGGAGAUAUUGGGAUAGUUGUUGAGAUAAUUGAAGAUGAUUAAGAAAAGGAAGGCAAAGUAAAGAGAGGAGCCUGAAUGA